AUGGCGUCUGAAGCCAAACGUCGCGUUGCUAUUAUCACCGGUAUCACUGGCCAGGACGGCUCCUAUCUCGCUGAGCUUCUGCUGGAGAAGGGCUACGAUGUGCACGGUGUUAUUCGCCGCUCCUCCUCCUUCAACACGAAGCGCAUUGACCAUAUUUAUCGCAACGAGCACCUCAAGCUGCACUACGGCGAUAUGACUGACGGGACGGUGUUGCACCACCUCAUCGCACAGCUGCGCCCAGACGAGGUGUACAACCUCGCCGCCCAAUCACACGUGAAGGUCUCCUUCGACACACCCGAGUACACGGGGCAGACAGACGCCAUUGGUGCUCUGAAGAUCCUUGACGCCAUCCGUGCGAAUGGCUUGGAGAAGACGUGUCGCUUCUACCAGGCAAGCACAAGCGAGUUGUACGGAAAGGUGCAGGAGGUGCCGCAGUCAGAGAAGACACCCUUCUAUCCACGCAGCCCAUACGCCGUGGCGAAACUCUACGCCUUCUGGAUUACAGUGAACUACCGUGAGUCGUACGGUAUGUUCGCGUGCAAUGGUAUUCUGUUCAACCACGAGUCCCCCCGACGUGGCGCAACAUUUGUGACGAAGAAGAUUGUGCGUGCGGCUGUGCGCAUUAAGAAGGGUCUGCAGAAGGAAUUGCUGCUCGGUAAUGUGAACGCCCUGCGUGAUUGGGGACACGCAAGGGACUACGUGUAUGGCAUGUGGUUGAUGCUGCAGGCGGAGCAGCCGGACGACUGGGUGUUAGCAACAGGCGAGCAGCACAGCGUGAAGGAGUUCUGCAACGUGACAUUCGGCAGGCUGGGCUACGAACUGGAGUGGACCGGCAGCGGCCUUGACGAGAUCGCAUACAACAAGGCGGACCCCAAUCGUGUGCCGCUCAUCCGCGUUGACCCGCGGUACUUCCGCCCGGCUGAGGUGGAGACGCUGCUCGGCAACCCCGCCAAGGCAGAGCGUGAUCUCGGAUGGAAGGCCAAGUGCACCUUCGAGGAGCUCGUGGACGACAUGGUAAAGGAGGAAAUACGCGAGAUUGAGACUGGCGAGGAUUCCUGGCGGUAG